GAGAUUUCGUUGGGGUCCUACAUUAAUCUGACCAAUCAUAUUAAUUCUCUUUUCUGAGGACUAUAAAUGGCGAUUCUCUAGCAAGGUGUCUUUAUUAUUUUUAUUUUAUUUUUUUUAAUCCUCCCGUGUCAUCCCCCACGUCAGGCCUGCUCGUGGGCGUGAGGCUGUACUUCCUCCGCCCUCUCCUAAUGGAGUGAACCAUUCCCAGUUCCCCCCACCCCCUGGCUCAGCCUGCCUCUCUCUCUCUCUCUCUCUCUCUCUCUCUCUCCCUCGCUCCCUCUCUUUUUCUCCUCCCUCUGCCUUCCCCGUGCAUAAAGUCUCCCGUCGCUCCUGGAACUUGUUGGCAAUGCCUAUUUUUCAGCUUUCACCCUCUUUCUCUGAACUAACUAUCUAAAGGUCUGCGGUCGCAAAUGGUUUGACUAAACGUAGGAUGGGACUUAAGUUGAAUGGCAGAUGUAUUUCACUGAUCCUCGCGGUGCAAAUAGGUAAGUGGCCACCCGGUCGGGGUAGCUCCGGGAGGGUGGCGGGGGGCGGAGCCCAACCCCCCUCCCCCAAACAUCACCAGGGCAUCUUAGGGGUGACUUUCCUCUGCUACGGAGUUUUGAAGGUGAAGGUGGAGGUGCCGUUGUGGGUGGGGAGUUUGUUAGGCUGCACCCCAGUUCCCCCGAAUGAACCCAACCCCUCUUCUCUCUCUGUUCUGUUUUUUGUUUGUUUGUUUGUUUGUUGUGUUCUGUCCCUCGCCAGCUACUGGGAGGAUUUCCACAGCUGCACUGUCUUGGCCCUCACGGAUUGCCAAGAAGGGGCGAAAGAUAUGUGGGAUAAACUGAGGAAAGAAUCCAAGAACCUCAACAUCCAAGGCAGCUUAUUCGAACUCUGCGGCAGCGGCACCGGGGCGGCGGGGGCCCUGCUCCCGGCGCUGGCGGUGCUCCUGGCGGCUCUCUCGGCAGCUUUGGCGACCUGGCUCUGCUUCUGAGCGCGGCCCGCGCCCGCACCCGCCCGCACUCACUCCAUGCGCCCGGACCUGCGAGGAACAUCCAUUCGUUCUCUGGGGACCUUGUGAUUCUCUGUGAUGCUGAAAACACUCACCAUGUAGGAUUGUGGGAAACCCUGGUUCUCUCUUCCUAUUUCUUUUCUUUUCUUUCCUUUUUUUUUUUUUCUUCUUUUCCCUCCUCAUUUCGUUUGGUUUACUUGUGUAUUUUCUUGGCCCAGUGUUACCCAUCCGUGUCGAGCAAGCACAGCCCAAAUCGAACCUCACACCAAAAAGAAUAAGAAAAUGUCAAACCCACACCCUCCCCCUCCCUAUUAUUAUUAUUAUUUUAGCUUUGGAUUUAUUUAUUUUUGUCAAAAAAAAUCUCAGGAAUGGCCCUGGGCCACCUACUAUAUUAAAGAUGUUAACACAUGACAAAGAAUGGGCCCCUCCUACCGAGAGGGAGAGGCGGGGAGAAGGGUAGGGGGAUGAAAUCAAGAGAGAUGUCCUCACGCUAGCGGAUGGUGAAUAAUUCAAGCUCACAUCUUUCUUCCACAGUAUCUUGUUUUGAUCAUUUCCACUGCACACUUCUCCUCAAGAAAAAAAAAAAAAAAGCGAGAAAGGACCGAUUGUGACAGGGUUUUUUUUUGUGUGUUGGGAAGGGUAGGGUGGGGGGCCAAGGAAAAGAGUCCAGGAGAUCUUGAGUUCCAAGGUCACGGGAAGAUGUGAUGUCGCUGACAGGCAAAGCUUUACCUGCUGUUUCGAUGCAUCUUACCACAUCCACUGCCUUUCUUUUCCCUCCUAUCUUGUUUUAGCUGUUACACACACAGUAAUACCUGAAUACCCAACGGUAUAGAUCACAAAGGGGGGGGAUGUUAAAUGUUAAUCUAAAAUAUAGUUAAAAAAAAGAUUUUGACAUAAAAGAGCCUUGAUUUUAAAAAAGAGAGAGAUGUAAUUUAAAAGUUUAUUAUAAAUUAAAUUCAGCAAAAAAGAUUUGCUACAAAGUAUAGAGAAGUAUAAAAUAAAAGUUAUUGUUUGAAA